AUGGCGAUGCUCGCUCCCAAAUCCUCCUUUCCGCCGUCGAUGGCCUCGGCAAACUCAACGCUUGUCGCCAACACCCCGUCGUCCAACAUGCCUCCCUCUCGGCGAGGCCCGGCUGUAGCCCACAGCGGCCAGGGGUUCAACAGCCCUACCGAGAGCGAAUUCUCCGACAGCGACGGCCCCGAUGCCGUCAAGAACUGGAGCGAGGAUCAGGUUUGCGACUACCUAUGCCUUGUCAAGUGCGGCGAGUACGAGAAGCUGUUCCGUAAGAACAACAUCAACGGCGAGAAUCUACUCGAGCUUGACAAGGAGGUUCUCAAGGAAAUGGGCAUCGACAAAGUCGGCGACCGCGUCCGCCUCUUUCUUGGAAUCAAGAAGCUGAGAACACAGGCAUAUGCCAACCAGAAAAAGAGGAAUAGGGACUCUUUUGGCGGUCUUGAUUUCAACCAACAAUACACGCCAUCUUCUGGCUCGCCCAAAGGCAUCGGCUCUCGCAGCCAGCCUGCAUCUGGCGCAAGCAAGCGCUACUCACGCCAAAUUGACAUGUCCGCCAUGUCGACGCCUAUGAUCGAGAUCGGGAAAACAUCAUCUCGUCCGAACUCGCCCCUGCCUAGUGCAGACUUGCGAAGCGCCCGCCAGCCAAGAUACCCUCAGGGUCAGCAGCAGUACAUGAGCAACGCAACGCCUAAUUCAAGUGCUCGUUUGCCGGAUCAGCCGCCGCCAGGCCGCCUGGUAAUGACACACACGAGAAAUAAUUCCAGCGUGGAUGGUUCGCUGAUGGCUGCGUUACCACAGGGCCAAGAAGUGAUUCGCGUCAUUUCUACCGGCGGCGUUACCAAGGUCGUCAAGAUCUCCGGCUGCAAUACUUGUGAAGAGGUGAUGCGCGUCACCCUCCGAAAGUUCGCCUUGCGCGAGGACCAUGACCGGAACUACUGCUUCUGGGUACUGGCUGGUGUAGACCCCGACCCUAAGCAAUGUCGGCGUCUCGGAGACACGGAGCUGUGGCGGAUCAUCAAGGAUCAGACUCGACCCGAGAGAAAUCGGUUGAUCCUUCGCCGUGUACCAUCCGGCGAACCCGGUGAAUCUGAGCUUCAGCGUGCUGCUGCAAUCGCCAUGGAGGAGGCCCAGCAACAUCAUGCUCGUGCACUUGAGAAUGUCGACAAGCGCAGCCAACUCAAGGUUCAGAAGCUUCUGGGAGAGAGCUGGAGCGGUGGCCUCCAGCAGCCAUUGUCACCCAUCUCGUACGUUGAUCGCGAGCGUAAUCUGAACAACACGGCCCGGGACCUCGAGCGACCUGCACCAGACGACCAUGGCAUGCCACGCAGGAAAGGCGUGUUGCGGCAAUUCGGAGGUCUGCGUCCUCCAAGCGAGUUGAUCACGUCAGACCUCACAUCGUAUUUCCCGGACCACAACAAGGAAGACAUCGAUCGCACAGCCAGGUUGUCGAUGCGCAGGUCCACCCGGUUGAGCAGGUUCAACAGCCGGUUAUCAGUGGCCAGCAAUCUCAGCUUUGCCUCCAGUAUACAAGACGCACCUCCGAUUCCCACCAUUGCCGACAGCUGGCUCAAGGAUACUGACAAGCUGGCAACGAUCAAGCCCCGGGAUGCUCACGGGCGCAUCCCCAACAUCUACCGCGACUCGAUAGCCUCCUCCAUGCUUGACACUCUACAAGAAGAGUCACCGACCGAGCCAGACCGCAAUUCCUACGUCUCCUUUGCAGACAGCGGAUCGGACUCGAAUCCUAACACACUCAACAACACCCUUACGGAUCCAAGCAGCUAUUUUGACGAGACAAGUACACAAGGGUCUGGCUCUCUCAAGGACAUUACUCGCGCUCUGGACGAAGAUGGCGAAGACGCCGACGAGGAGCUGGCUAGCUUCUUGUCCGGUGAUUCGUGGGACGAUGCAAAGUGGAUGAAGGGUGCUCUGAUCGGCCAGGGUUCGUUCGGCAGCGUGUAUCUCGCACUGCAUGCCAUCACUGGUGAGCUGCUCGCUGUGAAGCAGGUCGAGACGCCCUCCCCCGGUGCCAACAGUGUCAACGACAACCGCAAGAAGAGCAUGAUCGAGGCCCUGAAGCGCGAGAUCAGCCUCUUGCGGGACUUGCGCCACGCCAAUAUUGUGCAGUACUUGGGCUGUGGCUCGUCAAACGAGUAUCUGAACAUUUUCCUCGAGUACGUCCCUGGAGGCUCAGUGCAGACCAUGCUCAACUCGUAUGGUGCCCUCCCUGAGCCCCUCGUCCGCAGCUUUGUCCGCCAAAUUCUCAACGGCCUCUCGUAUCUGCAUAACCGAGACAUCAUCCACCGGGACAUCAAGGGCGCCAACAUCCUGGUUGACAACAAGGGCACGAUUAAGAUAUCUGAUUUCGGUAUCAGCAAGAAGCUCGAAGCGACGAACAUUCUCAAUGGAGCUAACAACAACAAAAACCGCCCCUCGCUGCAAGGCUCCGUCUUCUGGAUGGCCCCUGAAGUGGUCAAGCAGACUUCAUACACAAGAAAGGCCGACAUCUGGUCUCUUGGUUGUCUCGUCGUGGAGAUGAUGACCGGCACUCAUCCGUUCCCGGACUGCAGUCAGCUACAGGCUAUCUUCAAGAUCGGUGGUGGCAAGGCGUCACCCACGAUUCCUGACAAUGCGUCAGAUGAGGCGCGCACUUUCCUCAGCCAGACAUUUGAGAUCGAUCACAACCUGCGCCCCAGCGCCGAUGAUCUCAUGCUCAGCCCAUUCCUGGCUCCUACUGCAUGA